AUGGAUAUUCAAGAAGGAAUUCGAUUGGCUCUAACAUCGAGAAAAAUGAGAUUUAAGUACACGUUUCCACUUGGGAAGCUUCCAUUUCUUGCCCUCAAAGAAGUGAUUCGAAAUAUGGAUAUUCAAGAAGGAAUUCGAUUGGCUCUAACAUCAAGAAAAAUGAGAUUGAAUGUUAAGUACUCUCGUCUAUCUGUUGGAUCCCCAAUAGUUAGAAUACAUGAUGAGUUUAGCAAUGUCGAAAUGAAAGAAGAUGUAUUUUUAUUCAAUGGCUUCAAAAUCUAUAAGAAAGCAAACAACUCAAAAGAAGAUAAAUAUAUCAAACGAAGUGAAUUAGAACCAUGGUUGAAUCCAACACUUUCUACGCUUCAAAACACACAGAAUAUUCUUGUUCAAAUUCAAAAUACGUUCAAGUGUGACAAAUUUGUAUUGGUCAUUGAUUUGAGAUGUAUAAAAACCACAAUUAAAGAUGUUUUGAGUAUUUCUGACUUUCAAAAUUUUGAAACUUUAAACUUGUAUAAAGGAAAAUUGGAUGAAGAAGAUAUGAACUGUUUGAUGGAAAAUGCGAAGGCAGAUCAGGAUUUACAUAUUUACGCGGAAGUUCCGGAGAAUUAUUAUCAUAAGAAUAUGUUGAAAUUUUAUGAUAUAGUCUACGAAGACGCCCGCUUCGUCAAAAUCGAACAUCUUCUCACAAUCAAAGACAAUUAUAUUAUCGACCUAGGGAAGAAUAAUCUAACUCUCUCAGAUAUUAACACAUUCCUCAAGUAUUGGAUCAACUCAGAAUGUGACUUAUUCAAAAUGAUGACUAUAAAAACUACAGAAGAAACUGGAGAAGAAACUGAGGCAAAUUUGGAUAUUUUAUUCGAUGGACUAAUUGUUUUGAAAGGUUUUCGAUUCGGAUGCGCAUCUUGGUUAUGCGCUGCGAAAUCAGUCGAAUCGAGAAAAACUCCUAUUUUAUGUUUUGAAUGGUACGAGGAUGAAAUUUCAUUGUUCGCCCAUUCGAUUGAAGAGCGUCCGAAAUGGAUCCGAUCCGAUAAUCCGAUGAAUGAGGAUCGACUGGAAGAAGACGAACCUUACGAACCAGAGUUUGAGAUAUUGAAAGUACUGGAAAAGAAGAAAGAUCUGGAAGAAACGAUGAGAAUCGAAGAGAAUAACGAAAGAAAAUUGGAAACUGAGAAUGAAAUCGAAGAAUUGGAUCUGCAACUUUUGGAAAAAGGAGUGAGAAUGGAACAGGGAAGACAUGUUUUCGGGAGUGUUUGA